GCGGUGGCGGCCGUGGCGGCGUUCCUGGCGCUGUGCGCGCUGGCGCUGGCGCUGUGCGCGUCGCACUCGGCGCCUGGCGCGGGGCGGCUGCGGCGCGCGCUGACGAGCGUGAGCCGGCGGCGCACGGAGCCCGUGAUCGCGGCCGUGCACCAGGUGCAGCCCGGCGGCGGCGAGGCGUCGCCGUGCGUCUGGCAGAAGGGCAUCCUCAUGGGCGGCAAGUGCCAGCUCCCGGACUUCUCCGGCGUCAUCAACUACGACCCCGCCGGCAACCUCGUCGCGCCCGCCCGCCCCGGCCGCGCCGUGCCGGCGGCGCUCGGCUGGUGAGGAGCCGGAGAGGGAGGCGGCCAACGUGAGACGAGACGACGCCUGUAUACACGUAACGCGUGUCGUGAAAUUCGUGUGCUCCGUUUCCUUUAUGGACGCUCCUCAUAAUCUGCCCACGCAUUGGUGGCAAAUAAUUAAUCCAGUUGCCAUGUGGAAUUUGUGUUCUUCAGUUUAAAUUUGGCAAUAUCUGGUGUACCAACAUGAAAACCAAAUGGAUAAAUUUUUCGUAAAUUCACCU